AUGCCUGCACUCAGUAUUCUUAUAUACCACUCUACUUCUACUGCAUCACCAUCACCAUUACCAUUAGCAUCGACGGGUAAGUGCUACUGCGAGAUGAAGAGAAUAAGAGGGUACCUGCUUACUAUCAUCUUUUGCACCAUUCACAUAACUGCAUUGUCGCCGGACGGCCUCUCCCUCCUCGCCUUCAAGGCGGCCGUGUCCGAAGACCCCGAAUCCUCCCUGGCCGGGUGGACGGAGGUCGACGACGACCCCUGCAGCUGGCCUGGCAUUUCCUGCGCCAAUGUGACAGGGUACGCCGACCCACGCGUCGUCGGCAUUCGCAUCUUCAACGAGAAUUUGACCGGCUACAUCCCUUCCGAGCUCGGCACGCUCCUCUUCCUCCGACGCCUCAACCUCCAUGGCAACCGCCUCACCGGCCCCGUCCCCGCCCAGCUCUUCAACGCCACCUCCCUUCGCUCGGUCUUGCUCAACGAUAACCUCCUCUCCGGCACAUUCCCCGCUGCUGCCUGCGACGUCCCUCGUCUCCAGAAUCUCGACCUCUCCAGGAACGCCAUCGCCGGCCCCCUCCCGCCGGCGCUACGCCGGUGUCGCCAGCUGCAGCGGCUCAUUCUUAUGGGGAACCGGCUGUCCGGCGUGAUCCCCGCCGGGAUCUGGGGCGAAAUGGAGAAGCUCGCCCAGCUCGAUCUCUCCUCCAACGCCUUCGAGGGGCCCAUCCCGCCCGAUCUUGGCGAGUUGGACUCCCUCGGAGGCACGCUGAACCUCUCCCACAAUCGCUUCUCCGGCAAAAUCCCCAGCACGCUUGGCGACUUGCCGACCACGGUCAGCCUCGAUCUGCGCUUCAACAACCUCUCCGGGGAGAUCCCCGGUGGGGGAUCGCUGGCGAACCAGGGCCCAACGGCAUUCCUGAACAACCCGGGGCUUUGCGGCGUCCCGCUGUUGAUCCCCUGCGAGUUGGAGCCCGCGCCGGCGGCGGAGGCGCCCGGCCCGGUGCGGGGUUCCGCGGCGGCGACGAGCACCGAUAAGGAGGCAGCGAGGGAGGGUGAGAGGGGGAUGAAGGCGGGACUGAUCGUGCUGAUAUCGGUCGCGGACGCGGCCGGGGUGGCGCUGGUGGGGCUGGUGGUGGUCUGCGCGUACCGGAAGAUGAAGAGUCGGAACGAAGGGUGCGCCAAAUUAAGAAGCGACCGAUUCGGCCGACGGAUCCAGCGCUGCACGUGCUGCGGCGAGCCGGCAGCAGAGAAGGGGGGAGAAGAAGAAGAUUCGGCGUCAUCAUCGUCGUCGUCGGAGGCGGCGGAGGGGAAGCUGGUGGCGAUGGACAAGGAAUUCAAGGUAGAUCUAGAGGAGCUGCUGCGAGCGUCGGCGUACGUGCUCGGCAAAGGCCCGAAGGGGAUCGUCUACAAGGUGGUGGUAGGGGAAGGGACGGCGGUGGCCGUGCGGAGGCUAGGGCAGGGCGGCGGCGGCGGGGGGCGGCCCAAGGAGUUCGCAGCGGAGGUGAGGGCGAUGGGGCGAGUCCGGCACCCGAACCUGGUGCGACUCCGGGCCCACUACUGGGCUCCCGACGAGAAACUUCUCAUCGCCGACUACAUCGCCAACGGCAAUCUGGCCACCGCCCUUCGAGGUCGACCGGGUCAGCCGGCUCUGACGUGGCCAGUGAGGCUGCGCAUCGCCCGCGGCGCCGCUCGCGGCCUCGCUCACCUCCACGACUGCAGCUCCCGCAAGUUCGUCCACGGCGACCUCAAACCCUCCAAGAUUCUCCUCGAUGCCAACUUCAACCCCUACGUCUCCAACUUCGGCCUCCUCCGCCUAAUCUCACUCAUCACCCGCCCAUCCUCAUCUGCCGCCACCCCCUCCUCCUCCUCCGUCGCAGCCGCUGCUGGCGGCGGCGGCCUCUUCGGGCUACCCUCUUCCCCCUUCCUCGACAAAACCAACCCCUACAGCGCACCAGAGACACGCGCCGCCGCCUCCCGCCCCACCCAGAAGUCCGACGUCUACUCCUUCGGCGUCCUACUGCUGGAGAUGCUGACCGGGAAGCCGCCGGAGGCGGCUUCAUCGUCGGGGGAACCGGGGGUGGUGAAGUGGGCGAGGAAGGCGCUGGAGGAGGCGAGGCCGCUGGCGGAGCUGGUGGACCCGACGGUGGCGGUCCACGACGUGCACGGCAGGAAGGAGGUGGCGGCGGCGUUCCACGUGGCCCUAGCGUGCGCGGAGGCGGACCCGGAGGCGAGGCCGAGGAUGAAAACGGUAUCGGAAAAGCUCGAUAGGAUUAACUGCAGCAGCAAACUUAGUGUAAAAUUUAAGAUGUGCGAUUAGAUCAAUCGCAAUGUUGUCUAUAAUAAAAUUAAAAUAAAUAAAUACAAAAACUAAGAAGAAAAAAAAUAUAAUGAAAUGACAGUAAAAUGAAAUGAAAAUAACAUGAAAUAAAAAACGUACCAUUAUGUUCUAUAUUCCCUAGCAAAAUCAUUUAUAAAUGGAAUUGUUUUCUAACAUAGAAGUAGCCUACGAAAUGAGUUGUUGGUUGUAAAAUCUUCAACAAGGAAAUUAUUCAUUUUAA